AGUUUAUUUGGGGGGGAGGGGCUUUCGUUACUUCCCUAAACUGAGCGAGCGCGCUUUACUAUUAAAUAGACAGAUCUAUGCUCCCAAGCUGAACCAAAAACACCCAAAAAAGUGAAGUGUUGUUCCUGUUUUACUGUCAGAAGAGGAGGCGUUAGACAUGCUGGAAACGGGGGUGGGGUGUGAUAAAAGUUGUUUCCCAGCGCUUUGAGAUGGAAUCUCAGCCGAUAUUGAGUGACCAGAACCGGACGUAUGGAAUGGGCAAUCCCGGUUAUAUACCAGCAGCACAGGGGGCACCUGCAAUAUUUGCCCCACCCGCUGCUGGGUCCCAGGGCCCCACCGCUCCUCCAGCCAGCAUGUUUGACAGCAUGCCUGGCUAUGAAGGAACAAUGGCAGGAGGAGGAGGUGGAUUUCUUCCUCCUCCGAUGCCUGCUUACCCAGCUCCUAAGCCUGAACCUGGACCUGAACAACCACAUUGGAAUAUCCCAUCUAUAAGUGAAAAUACUGCUCGAGAGGCGUUUGUCCAGUUUGCCUCCAGCAAGUGCUGCUACAGUUCAGCACCAGCAAAGGAUGGUGUGAUCACCGGCAUGGAGGCAUUCAAUACGUACAGGUACCGCCUGGAAACCUUUACUGAAACAAGAUCUACAGAGUGGAGUCACGAGCCAUACACUGGACAGCCAGUGGAUGCCUUUUCCCAACCACCUCCAGGGCCUUGGGAUAUUCCUGCUAAAUCUCCAAAUUUUUUUCUGGAUGGCAAACAGAUUAUCAAGGUUCCCUACACAUCAUCUGUGAAGACCUGCCACGUUUGUGUGGGAAUGGGACGAAGACCUUGCAAAGAGUGUGCCGGUGCUGGUAAUAAAAUGUGUUGGGUCUGCAAUGGAUCUGGUUACCGCCAUGGAAAUGAUAGAUGCACCCACUGCAAUGGCAGAGGGAGGGAAAAUUGCCGCCACUGUCACGGGCAGGGGUCGACGCAAUGUGAAACAUGUCGUGGAAAGCAACAGCUUCUGGUCUACAUCAACCUCACCGUGAAAUGGACCAACAACUCUGAUUGCUACGUUGUGGAACAGUCAAGUGGACUGCAGUCGGACAACCUGAGCAGUGUUUCUGGAAAUGAGCUUUUCAGGGACUCUCAGUACAUGGUCUACCCAGUAAUGGGCUUCCCAGACCCUACAGUGGUGCAGGCUGCACAGCGCCUUGUCAGUGAACACACGGCCAAGUACUCACAGACGUCACGCAUUCUACAACAGCGACAAACCAUAGAGUUGAUCCCCGUCACCAGGGUGAGCUACUCGUGGAAAGGGAAAUCACACAUUUACUUUGUUUACGGGAAUGAGUACAAAGUUAAUGCCGAUAACUAUCCUGCUACCUGUUGCUGUACUGUAAUGUAAUUGCUGUGGUUGUGUAUGAUGUUUUUUUCCCCUGAGGAGUUCCCUGAUGUGUGGGCAGUGAUGAUCUUGUCUUGUUGUUGAUGUUCAAUAGAGUUAAACCUUGCAUUUAACCUAUGAACUCCCAACAUUUCAGUGAAACUGAUUAAUCCUCUUGUAUAAGCAAUCUUCAAGGCUACAAAGAAAGUUUACCUUACCUAACUACUACAAGAUAACUAAUGAUUAAAAAGUUUUUAUUGUUGAGUGCCAUUUUUAUGCAUGCACCACAGAAAAUAAUUGCUUACUGACACAAUAGAAAGGAUUAUCAUACUAUAUACACUGAAUCCUCAAUCUUUUUGCUCUUUAUAUGGCAACUGAUUUUUUUUUAUCAUAAGUAAUAAAGACUUAUUUUAUACAGAAUAUUUUUUUGCAGCAGUUCUUUUUUUGUGGUAGUAAUAUAUAUGGCCUAAUCUGUUUGCUCUGUGAAUGUAAAUGUUAAUCUCUUGUUAAAUUUAUAUGAUCUUGUAAGACAAAAAUGUGUAAUACCUGCAUUAAAAACUGCAAUAAUUCA